CGUCGGAGAGGAAAGAGCAGACGCCACCGAGUCAGGCCGGAGCCGCUGCCGUCUCCAUGACCCGCGGUAACCAGCGUGAGCUUGCCCGCCAGAAGAACAUGAAAAAGCAAAGCGACUCAGGCAAGGGAAAACGCAGGGAUGACGGGCUCUCUGCAGCUGCCCAAAAGCAGAGGGACUCGGAGAUCAUGCAACAGAAGCAGAAAAAAGCCAAGGAGAAGGAGGAAGAGCCCAAGUAACUCUGUGGCUCAUGCCCAUCUCU